CCACCUCGCUGCGUUAAUACAUCAAACCUCGAGAAUCCACAUCCCUCGCAUCCCAUCCCCACAAACUCUAGCGCAUCCAUUAUUUGCCUUUCUCUGGCCGCACGUCGCCAGCACUACCGCGCCCUACAUCCGUCUGCAUAGGCUUCGGCCGGUGAUACUUACUUGAGGCAGGCUCUGGGAGACUGCACUGUACUGAGGAUACCGUAAGGAGACUAACCGCCCGGCGGAGUGCCGCUUGUAUUUGCGUGAGUAUCGGACAAAAAGGACACCCGUCCUCGGACAACAACACCGGACUCGACGAGCAUAGCAAAAUGCUGUCCACAAAUUCACCCCAAGGCAUCUCCCGCCGACGAAUGCAACACAGGCGCCAACUUUCGACACCAAACGCAUUCGAGAUGCCCAGCGUACGACACAGCCCUGUCAGCCAGCAGCAACGGCGACACAACCGGACAGGCAUGAGCCUGGAUCUUCGAGGCCUUAACCUUGAGUCGAUCCAGGCACCUAGCCCCGGUCUCUACCAGCAGGAGCACAGUACGGUAAGUUUUACUAACCAUCUAGGACAACCAUCACAGCAAACUAUGCAAGUAGCGCAAUCGCACAGCCAACCCCAGCCGGGCCCCCGGGAGGCCUUCCUACAUUCCCCAGUACAGUUAUCUCCCAGAUGCAGAUCACCGCGGACGCCCAUCUAUGCGUCCCGCCCACAGUCUCCCCAGAACCAACCUCAAUCACCUAACAGACCUCCAACUGAACAACAGUUGAAGGACCUCCAUGAGCACAUCCAAUCUGUGUAUGGCUCAUGUGGACAGGUUUUCAUCAACAUUCUCCCCACACCAACAGUCGCACAAGCACCACAAGCUGUCAUCCCAGAAAAGCCAGCACAAUUACCUAGCCAUCAGUCGUUCGGCAUGGCUCCUCAUCCCACCAACUUCAACGAUGUUGCCGAUAUCAACCUCCAGCCAACAUCACGCGCGAUGACUUUCGACUUCGAGAACCCCGACGCAGACAAUGGAUAUGACUCUUCAGGCUACUACACCUCAGAUGUCUCGCCGUCGCCACAAGCUUCCCCGCGUAUGAGGAUGACACAGCCCUUCCUUCAAGGUAUUGCAGAGGACCCUUCUCAAGAAACACCCUUCUCGCACCCACCAACACUUCUUCCUGCAUUGGACCCGCACAGCCCAACACAUGGUAUCCCCAACGGCCUGCCGCUCGCAGUCAGCCCAUUCGAAGAGGCACCAAUGUACACAGAUCUUGAGAUCGACGCCAGCCUUGAGUACACCGGCAUUGCUCCAGAAGAAGUUCAGCGCUACAUCAGCGAGCAGGACCCCAAGACAAACAAGUGGAUGUGUCUGUACCAGGAUUGCGGCAAGGUCUUCGGCAGGAGGGAGAACAUCCGAUCGCACGUUCAGACACAUCUUGGCGAUAGGCAGUACAAGUGCAAUGGAUGCGGCAAGUGCUUUGUGCGACAGCACGACCUCAAGCGUCAUGCGAAGAUUCACACUGGCAACAAGCCCUACAAGUGUCCCUGCGGUGCCGGCUUUGCGCGACAAGACGCACUGACAAGGCACCGACAGCGUGGCAUGUGCGUUGGUGGAUUUGCUGAUGCCGUACGGCGACAGGCCAAGCGCGGCAGGCCGAAGAAGCAUCGCCCUGAGAUGGAAGAGCGUGUGGAAAAGGCAAGCAGGACUCGACGUGCUCUUGCCUCUGCAUCCUCAUCUGUCUCUCCAAGCUCGCCUGGCUCUGAAGCCUGCUCGCCAUACGAGUCAUACGAGUCGACACAGUCACAAUUGCUUUCCGACACAGGAAGCUUCAACGAGCCAAUAAACGUAUCAACAGGUCCAUUCAGUUUCGAGUCCCAAUCUAGCCCAUACCACGAAGAGACCACCGAAGACAACUUCACGCUUACCACAUCGUACGCCGGCGAAGUUGCCUCCAUGAACCUUCUUCAGCAGCUAUCAGACGAACCAGCACAAACACCUCCUCUGUCACCAGCUGACUACCGCCCACGCUCGCGCGAAUCGGUACAAGACCGGAAAAAGUCAUUUCAGUCGAGCCCAUUGAAAGUCACAGACUCACCAUCGCGGUCCCCGGCCCAGUCGCAGCAGUUCACAACACCACCGACAUCGCCGAUCGAGCCAAAGGACGAGUUGGAAGACCUCUUCGACAUUCGACCUGAGCCUUCAUUCUCACAGUUCGACCUCGAGAUGAAAGCGAUGAGCGACUUCACCGCGGUGGACAACAACUCAUACGACUUUCUAGACUUCACCACCGUAUAAAUUUUGCGACACUGGACAUUUGGAGAGGCUGUAUGAUACAUUGAGAUUCACGAACGUAAUGACUGGCGUUCUUGCAAUCUUAGGAAAAGCUUUGGAUAGCGUGUUUUGGACUUGAGCGGGCUCGUUCCUAUGCUUUUGCACCAAAGACUGCAUGUGUAUCUGUUCAUCAUAAGAUUGGAUAUGUUCUUGGUAUCAUGUAAUAGGGGCCGCGCAGCUAUGCUGUUGCGAUGUUGGCGUUUUAGGCUUGGGUUUGCUUCACUUCGUGAAGAGUUUGUGCCGCAUGGUGGACGGCUCUUUGGACGUUCUUUUGUUUGUCUAUCUGUGAGCG